AUGCAAUCGUUGCCAGCAGAGACCGAACUUGCUUGCCAUGUCAAUCGCAUUGCGUUGAGUGAUGAAGAAGACGACGACUACGACGACUGCUUGUAUGACGACGAGGCUUCAGGGCAAGUGAAUCGAUAUGGAUCCGAUGGCGAAGAAGAUGAACCCGUGAUACCUGAGCAGGCGUUGGAGCUUUUGAAAAUGGAGCAAGUCAUUCGAUCAGGAUACAUUCUUAAAAAGGGAGAGAAAAGAAGAACAUGGAAGAAAAGAUGGCUCGUUUUACGGACAACCAAGCUUGCAUUUUACAAAGAUGACAAGGAAUACAAGUUGUUACGCAUUGUUGAUUUGGAUCAAGUACGCAGUGUUGUUCAUGUCACCUCCAAAGCCAAGUACAAGUACAUGUUUGCCAUUACCACUCCCAAGCGCACCUAUUACUUGCAAGCUCCUAGUGAACAAGAGAUGAAAGGGUGGACCAUAUCCAUUGAGCAAACCAAAAUGGCAGCAGCGGAAAAUCAUCAUCAUGAGGACAAUGAUCCGCCCAUGGUACGCCGCCACAAUCACGUGCCACCUGUCAACAUCCCCAUCAAGGCCAAUUCACAACAACAACAACAAUCCACUAGCCUCGCAGCCUAUUCAACCAAUCAAAGCUACCCUCUCUCUCCUAAUGCCGAUAUGAACGUGAUGGAAGGAUUCGCUAGCUCGGAUGAUGAGGAUGACGACGAUGAUGAAUAUAGCUGGACUGAAGACAUGUCAAAAGCAUUGCAAGAGGAAAGCAGGAAUCGCGUAUUAAUGAAUGGCUAUUUGCUCAAAUUGUGUCGUAACAAGAGUUGGCGCAAGCGUUGGUUUGUGUUACGGCCUGAUACUAUUGCAUAUUAUAAGGAUGAAAAGGAAUAUGUGCCGCAUCGUAUUGUUCCUCUAAGUCACAUCAUUGAUUCUUUGGAAAUCGACCCAGUCAGUAAAAACAAGCGACAUUGCUUCAAGAUCAUCAUCCUCAAGCGCAGCUAUAUAUUAUGUGCCAGCUCUGAAAUGGAACGUAUAUCAUGGCUAGAGGCUUUGAAUCAUUGUGUACGUCGCGUGAAGGCCACCCAUGGAGCAACAGCUAUCCAUCAUCAUCAUCAUCAUCACCACCCAAUAACACGAGGACCUCCUCCAUUAUCGACCCCAACCGAAGAAAUCCAACGACGCGAUUCAUUUGAUAAUGCAAGUAAUAUAUCGGAUAUGAGUGGAUCAGGAGCCAUAGGAGGAGCAGGAGGAGCCUUACCUGGUAGACAAGUUGGACGUGGAUAA